CUCACCUGUCGGGCAGAUUAGAAGCUCCUUUCGUCUCCAACCAACUAGUGUAGCAGAGGUCACGUGCCGUGACUCGUGAUCAUGGCGUUGGUGAGGGAGCACGGUGGGUACGCCGGCGGCUUCGACGCACUCGGGUACGGCCACGACGCGCUGCUGGGCUUUGACGACGCGGCGGCGGCGUUGUUCGGGGGAGGCGGAUCGCACGCCGGCGCCGCCGCCGCGGGAUGCGAGGCUGACGGCGGGAACGUCUGGCUGGGCGCGCGGGCGUCAACCGUCCUCGCGUUCGAUCGUGCCACGGCGGCGGCGGCGGUGGUGUCGGCGGAGGAGGACGAGGAGCGCGACGCGUGGAUCGAUGCCGUGGACCAGAUGAGCUACGGCGACGCCGCCGCGGCAGAGGCGCGCGCGCCGACGGUGUCCGUGGGCUUCGACGCGGCCACGGGGUGCUUCACCCUGACGGAGCGAGCGGCGUCAUCGGGCGGCGCGGGGCGGACGUUCGGCCUGCUGUUCCCGACCACGGCGGCGGCGGCGGCCGCCUCGCCCGAGCGCGCGGCGCCGGUGCGCGCCUCGCAGAAGCGGACCUACGGUGUGGAAUCGCCGGCCGCCGUGAGCCCCAAGAAGCACUGCGGCGCGGGCAGGAAGGCCACCAGCAAGGCCAAGUCGGCGCCCACCGUCCCGACCAAGGACCCGCAGAGCCUCGCGGCCAAGAAUCGGAGGGAGCGGAUCAGCGAGCGGCUGCGGACGCUGCAGGAGCUGGUGCCCAACGGCACCAAGGUCGACCUGGUCACCAUGCUCGAGAAGGCCAUCAGCUACGUUAAGUUCCUCCAGUUGCAGGUCAAGGUUCUCGCAACGGACGAGUUCUGGCCGGCGCAGGGAGGAAAGGCGCCGGAGAUCUCCCAAGUGAGGGAGGCGCUCGACGCCAUCUUGUCGUCGGCGUCGCAGAGGGGGCAACUGAGUUAGCUAGAAGACGAGACCAUGGCUCUGGAUCAAACGCAUAUGAUAGAAUUUACUAGUAACAUCGAACCACCUCGUUCGAAGAUAAAUAAGGAGGCAAAUGCAUGAGUAAUAACACUUUGAUCUUGUUCUCUUUCCCAGCUGGUAAUUAGCACUCCAUACGCGUGUAAGUGUAACUCUAUCUAGUAGGGGAUAUAUCACUUCAAAUAGAGGAGGGGAUUAACAACAUUAUGUUAAUCCUUGUGAUUUAACACAUAUGCACGCACAUAUCUGUAUAAAUACACGCAUAACCCCACCUAUGUGAUC